AUGGUGCUGCCGCCCCCGGACCGGCGCCACGUGUGCCUGACCACGCUGGUGAUCAUGGGAAGCAUGGCGGUCAUGGACGCGUACCUGGUGGAGCAGAACCAGGGCCCGCGCAAGAUCGGCGUGUGCAUCAUCGUGUUGGUGGGCGAUGUGUGCUUCCUGCUGGUGCUGCGCUACGUGGCCGUGUGGGUUGGCGCCGAGGUGCGCACGGCCAAGCGCGGCUACGCCAUGAUUCUCUGGUUCCUCUACAUCUUCGUGCUGGAGAUCAAGCUCUACUUCAUCUUCCAGAACUACAAGGCGGCGCGGCGCGGCGCGGCCGACCCGGUGGCGCGCAAGGCGCUGACGCUGCUGCUGUCGGUGUGCGUGCCCGGCCUCUUCCUGCUCCUGGUGGCGCUCGACCGCAUGGAGUACGUGCGCACCUUCCGGAAGCGCGAGGACCUGCGUGGCCGCCUCUUCUGGGUGGCGCUGGACCUGCUGGACCUGCUGGACAUGCAGGCCAACCUGUGGGAGCCGCCGCGCACCGGGCUGCCCCUCUGGGCCGAGGGCCUCACCUUCUUCUACUGCUACAUGCUGCUGCUGGUGCUGCCCUGCGUGGCGCUCAGCGAGGUCAGCAUGCAGGGCGAGCACAUCGCGCCACAGAAGAUGAUGCUCUACCCGGUGCUCAGCCUCGCCACCGUCAACGUGGUGGCCGUGCUGGCGCGCGCCGCCAACAUGGCUCUCUUCCGCGACAGCCGCGUCUCGGCCAUCUUCGUGGGCAAGAACGUGGUGGCGCUCGCCACCAAGGCCUGCACCUUCCUGGAGUACCGCCGCCAGGUGCGCGACUUCCCGCCACCCGCGCUGGCUCUGGAGCUGCAGCCCCCAGCCCCCCAGCGCAACUCGGUGCCGCUGCACGGCCAGCCGGGUCGCCCCCACGGGCCCUCGCCCACGCGAGACGCCCUGGACACGUGA